AAGCAUUUCGAAAUCUGCAUGUGUAUUUAUACAUUCUUGAGUGACUUUUAAAUUUAAAAUAAUUCUCCGCUUAUUAGUUUUAUUAAUGUCGACAUCCGCUUUAUUAAUUAAAAUGUUUACCUUCGGAGCUAAAUUAGCACCCCCAUAUAUUAAUUAUGCUAACUGAUAACAACAAAACAAUCCAAAGUACCACCUACAGGGUUCUGAAAAAUAAACUCUUAUCUGCUAAAUGUAUGGUAUGUAGGUAUGGUUUCAAAGAAAUGCAGUUAUUAUAGAUACGAUCUUAAAUAUUUUCGUGACCAAAAUUUGAGCUUUCUCUUAACUGAUUUAAUGGAAUGACUUAAUAAUUUAUUUCCUUCGUUUAUCUGAUGCACUCAUAAUGUACUUAAUAAUCCAAGUUAACGAGGGUAUAUAAAUCGUCUUACUUUCCCCAAAAGACCAGUAGUAGAAGAUUAAACUUAAACAAUGAAAGUGUUGGUGAUUUUGGCGGUUUGCGCUCUAGCAGUUGUUGCCGUGCCCAUUCCUGAAGAGGAACGCAUAAACGGUGAGAAUGGUUGGUAUGUGCCACAGGCUGACGGCUCCUUAAUUUGGGUCUCAACCGAAGAGGGUGAACAAAUGCUAGAUGAAUUGGAGAAGCAGGAAGAAGUACAGAGUCGUCUGUUGCCCGUGCCAGUGACUUUCUACUUAUACACAAACAGAAAUCCGUCAAAAGGAGUAAAGAUUACAGAAACCUUCAAAUCCAUUUCCGAAUCCGAAUUCGAUGCUAGCAAUCCAACGAGAUUCGUUAUUCAUGGUUGGACCCAGAGCUACACCGCUGGUAUGAAUAAAGAUAUACGCGCAGCGUGGUUGGGACGUGGAAAGUAUAAUGUGAUCAUUGUCGAUUGGGAACGCGCACGUUCUGUUGAUUAUGCCUCUUCUGUUGUUGCUGUACCAAAGACUGGCGAAAAGGUGGCCAGCAUGAUCAACUAUUUGGUUGAUAUACAUAAUUUGAGUUUGAAUGAUACGGAAGUUAUUGGUCAUAGUUUGGGUGCUCAUGUAGCAGGUUAUGCUGGUAAGAACACUAGAAAUGGGUUGCUUCACGCCAUAGUCGGUUUGGACCCCGCUUUACCACUCUUCAGUUAUAACAAGCCCAACAAACGUUUGAACGCCAAUGAUGCUAAUUACGUCGAGUCCAUUCAGACCAACGGCGGUGAAUUGGGUUUCCUGAAGCCAAUCGGUAAGGGAGCGUUUUACCCGAAUGGUGGUAAGACUCAACCUGGCUGUCUUUUGGAUUUAACUGGUGCUUGCAGUCAUGCGCGCUCCACCGCUUACUACGCUGAGGCUGUGGCUCGUGAUGACUUCCCCAGCAUGCGUUGUGGUGACUAUGAAGAAGCAGUGAAAGAUGAUUGUGGCAGCUCUUACAGUGGUGUGAAAAUGGGUGCAGUUACAAAUGCUUAUAUGGUGAAUGGUGAUUUUUAUGUGCCGGUACAUAGCUCUUCACCUUAUGGUUUCGGUAACUCAUAAAAGCGUAAUAUCUUUUCAUAGAUGAUGACCAUAGAUUUUAAUGAUUUAAAAUAAAGAAUAAAAGAGAAAACCAAAAAAAGAUUAACAAAAAGUAUUUUGCCUGAGAAAAUUGAAAUUUCGUUGAAAAAACAUAUAAAACACCAAAAUUUCGCAAUGAAUUAAGCAACAAAAUUAAUAUUAUAAUUUUUACAAAGUAACACUUUAAAGGGGGAUCAGUGGUAUAAAACAAUAGCCCCGUCUCUGAUAAAUUGCUAAUGUAAAUUCAACAAUUUUCUCUGUAAUAAUUGCCUUUCGUGUAGUUUUCCAGUUAAUAAUGGGUUCUGCGUGUCUUCUUGCGCAUACAAAAAUUACGUGAUC